AUGAGCCUCCGGCGGGACCUCGGUCUAGACUCUACUACUACUAUGGUGGCCGCUGAUACGAGUGUCGCAACCCCCGUGGCGCCUACCCCGCCGAGCAGCAGCAGCAGCAGCCGCGCGUCGCCGCCUCCGCCGCGCGCAUCGGCGGCUGUGCCGGCUCCGGUCCCGCCGGGCUCGGCGGCGCUGAACGGCAUGUAUGAGGGGACGAACGUCAGACCGCCGAGGCAGCAGCAGCAGACGUCGCAGCAGCAGCAGCAGCUGCUGCAGCAGAAGAGAAGCUUCGCUGCAAGCGCAUUCGACGCCGCUACUGCCGGCGCCGAUAGCGGCACGGUCGCGGCGCUGCACCUGCCACUAGCAGCGCUCGUGGCCACAACCAGCGGCGGCGGCGGCGGCGGCGGUGUCGGCGGCGGCAGCAACAGCAGCGCGGCAUCGGGAAUGCCUCCGCCGACUAAGAGAAUCAGGCUAGGAGCUGCCGCAAACCACGCCGGAGGAUCAUCCGCUGCCGCCGCUGCCGCUGCUGCUGGUGCCGGUGGUGCCGGUGGUGCCGGUGGUGCGGGUGCAGCUGGUUACGCGCGUGGUGGUGCGGGCGGCGCGGGCCUGAUUCGCCCCGCUCCCACCGUGAUUACCACGGCGGAAGGGCUGCUUCCUGCCGGCGCCGGCGCUGGCGCUGGCGGCGGGGACUUUUAUUAUAACGAUGGCUAUACUAAGAACGAGGGUGGGAUUGUGGCGGGGGGAGUCUUCGGCGCGCCGAGCGAUUACAUGGCUACGCUCCCGCACACGCCGUCGUCGCAUCUGCCGCCGCUGCAGAGCCCCACACCGUCCCCCAUCAUUCAUGGCUUCUCGCCGGUCUCCGCGCCUCUUUCCGCGCCGAUGCCUGCGGCAGGCGCAGCGCAGUACCUUCCCGCGGGCUUCGCGCCCAGCUUCCCGCAGCGAUCUCCGCCGCCCCACUGCGUCUCGAUCCCCCUCCCCAUCUCUCCGCGCGGCCCGUUCCCCGUGUCCCCAAUGUCCUCCGCACCGCGCCCGCCGUUCUCCGCGGGCAUGGCAUCUUCCGCGCCCGGCGCGCCCGGAUCUUGCGCCUUCACUCAGCGAACGCCGCAAUACAAGGGCGUACGGCAGCGGCGCUGGGGGAAGUGGGUGUCGGAGAUCCGCGAGCCGCGCAAACGCUCGCGCAUCUGGCUGGGGUCAUACGACACGGCGGAAGACGCGGCGCGCGCGUACGACACCGCCGCGCGCCUGCUCCGCGGACGGCGCGCGAGCCUCAACUUCCCGAACAGCUACGCGACGGUUCCGCUGCCGUCCGCGACGGCGGAAGCGCUGCUCCGCGCGAGUAAGGAAGCGGCGCGCGUGCUGGGAUUAAAACCCGACGAGAUCGUCUGGGAGGCUGCGGAGGCGGCGGGGCUCGCGAUUCGGCCGAGCGCAGCGGCGACGGCGGCGGCGCUGGCGGCGGGAGGAGGGGGGGUGACGGGCGAGGGGGGAGGCGGAGUCGGGGCUGGCGCAGUCCCCGCCGCUGGCGGAAUGGUUGGCGGAAUGGCUGGCGGAAUGGCUGGCGGAAUGGCGAGUACAGGUGGUGGGGGAGGGGGAACAGCACCAAACGCGCCAAUGGAGGCUAGCACCGCAGCAGUGGAGAUAGCAGCAGCGCCAGCAACGGUGGCGGAGCUGAUUCGAGAUGUGAAAGUUGAUCUGUCGUCGCAUGGCGGUAUGUACCAUGGUGGUGGUGCUGCUGCUGCUGCCGCUGCCGCUGCUGCUGCUGCUGGUUCUGGUGCUGCUGGCUCUGCAGAAGCAGCAACACCACCUGCAGUUGCACCAGUGACAGCAGCAGCAAAGGGAGGCACGGCAACCCUGGCGGGUGCUAGUAUCCCACUGACCGCCGCUGUUGCCGCCACUACUACUACCGCUGCUGCCAGUGCUGCCCCUGCUGCGACUGCUGCCCCUUCUGCCACUGCUGCCACUGUGGGCAUGAACAAUCGCACCCUGAGGGAGGCUUCUCAGAGCCCCCGAAUCAGCAGUGGUGCAGCAGGCGCAGCAGGGUCAACAGGAUCAGCAGGCAUAUCAGGCAUGUCUCCCAGGCGGAGCUUCAGCCCUUUCAUGCGGAACUUCAGCAUUGGGCCUACCAUAGGCAUGGGCGUGGGGAUAGGGACAAGCAUGGGCAUGGGCAUGGGGAUGGGCGCUGGAGCAGCGAUGGGCACGGGCACGGGCAUGAGCAUGGGGAUGGGUGAAGUGCGGUACGCAGGGGUGGAGCAGGGUAGUCCGUUGGUUAUGGAGCUGAUAGGGGAGGACAUGGGCAUGGGGGACACGUGGCAGCAGGAGGCGGAUGUGAUGUGGAACAUCUGA